UUAUGACAAAAAAACACAACUUCAAAAAACUCAUCAUUCCUCUUAUGAAGUACGUCGGACUGUCUAUUCUGCAAAAAGGGGUCAUUUGGGGAUAUCUGUACUGUCCUGACAUUUGGGGGAUAUCUGUACUGUCCUGACAUUUGGGGGAUAUCUGUACUGUCCUGACAUUUGGGGGAUAUCUGUACUGUUCUGACAUUUGGGGGAUAUCUGUACCGUUCUGACAUUUGGGGGGUAUCUGUACUGUCCUGACAUUUGGGGGAUAUCUGUACUGUUCUGACAUUUGGGGGA